UUUAUUUCAAAUAUUCCAAUUUCAAACGGCUUUGGGAGGCUUACAUUUUUUUUUAAAAAAGUAGGAAAAAUAAACACAAGGAAGAAACAGAAUACAAAGUGUCUAUAACAUUCCUGCCGCUAUUCAACGGGGGAUAGAACCGGAAGCAGCGUAGCUGGGUUUAAGGGAAGCCUAUUUAUAAUUAUACAGGUCGAUGCUCUCAAAUCCACCUGCGCAGAUCUGGCCUCAAAUACUACCGCAGUUCUAUCAAAACAACUUUUCACAAUUUGUUGCAGUCUCCUGUUCCGACAGCAGAUGGAACCGAACAAAAGCCCAGAGACACGCUUUACGAAUGUACCAUCUUUCCGGGGAGGGUCGGCGUGUCUUUGGGUCCAACUACAGGCGAGUCAGUCUUCGCGUCACUAAAUUAGGAACGGGAAUGACGUAUGCACAACAAGCUUUCUUACCACCUUUCCGAGAUAGUGAUCAAUCCGAAAUCACCACCACGCUUUCCAGCUCUCCAGGGCCGCUCUUGAAAAGUGGUAGUUCCCCAACCCGGCUGCGGAAGGGAGAGGGAGAAGCGUGACUCUCCCAAGUCCAGCCACCCCGGGGACGCGCUCUUCUGUGCUGUGCUCCGCUUCUCCUUCCUGCUUCUGCUCCCUCCCACUUAUUUCCCGGCUGUUACCUCAGUCCCGCCCAGCCGUGGGACACGUCGUCCCUGCGGGUCCAGCGGCUGUGCAAAAGGGAGCUGCGGAGGCCAGUUUGGGUGUUCCGCGCCGACCUUUUUCAGACGGUAGAAAAAGAACAGCCUUUGCUGAAGAACAUACUGGAGAAGCUGGCCUUUCAACUAAUUUCAUUCCAGAAUUGUGUCUGGAAACCAACUGGCAGCCAAGGAAGUUGUUAUAACAAGGGAGUAGUACAUAGUAAAUAAUUGCAUGUAAUUUUCUGAAUUCACAGAAGUUUUUGAAGUUAUCCAAACACAUAGCGCACUGCUGUAAUCAAUUGAUAUGUGUAACCAAAGCUGCUUAUCCAAUUUUUUUACAAGAGCGUGGGCGAACUCUAAAUUUGUGUUCAAUGUCAUUAAUUCAAACUAACAACUUCAAUUACAUUCUCUCAUCCACUCAAGUAUCGGUGCCUUGCCUCCUGGAGCCAUCCCUGCUAGGCAUACUAGAAGUUCCUCAGAGCAUUUUGAUAUGACCAUUUAAAAUGGAUCCCGAAGAGCAGGAGUUGCUUGGUGAUUAUAGAUACAGAAAUUAUUCUUCAGCAAUUGAUAAAGCUUUGAGGAACUUUGAAUCUUCAAGUGAAUGGGCAGAUCUCAUAUCUUCUCUUGGGAAACUCAACAAGGCUCUUCAAAGUAAUUUGAAAUAUUCUCUUUUACCAAGACGCUUGAUUAUCAGCAAAAGAUUGUCUCAGUGUUUACAUCCAGCCUUACCUAGUGGAGUGCAUAUAAAAGCAUUAGAGUCCUAUGAAGUAAUAUUUAAAAUUAUUGGAACAAAAUGGCUUGCAAAGGACUUAUUUCUGUACAGCUCAGGCCUUUUUCCAUUGCUUGGAGCUGCAGCACUGUCAGUGAAACCCGUCUUGCUCGAUUUGUAUGAAAAUUAUUUUCUCCCACUCCAGAAAUCUCUCCUGCCCAGCCUUCAGGCCUUCCUAAUUGGCCUUUUGCCUGGUUUGGAGGAAGGGUCAGAAUUCUAUGACAGGACUGAUGCUUUGCUUGUGAAGUUGUCCCUGGUAGUUGGCAAAGAAGUGUUUUAUUCAGCCUUGUGGGGCAGUGUCUUGGUCAGCCCUUCUGUAAGACUUCCUGCUUCCCUUUUUGUUGUCAGUCAUAUCAACAGAGCAAUACCUGGAAAGCAGCAGAAUUAUAUAAUGGGGACUGAUACUAAUCUCACGAUACAAGCUAUUUGUGUGUCAAUGCUGGAUUCAAAUGUUCUUGUACAAAGAAAUACUUUGGAAGUGGUUCUCUUCUUUUUCCCAUUAUAUUCUUCUUUGGACACAAAUGAAAGUGCUGUUCCACUGUUUAGGUCUGAUGUAGUUCAUCUUCUGUCAGCAGCUGUCCAAACUCUCUUAAGAAGAGAUAUGUCACUAAACAGAAGGCUAUAUUCAUGGUUGCUAGGUUCUGAUAUCAAAGGAAGUACUGCUGUACCAGAUUUAUCUAUGAACGCAUCCACAGAUGAUUAUGCCCGCAAUUUUUUUGAAAAAUAUUCCAAAGAACUUUUGGUUGAGGGUUUGAUUGAACUACUACAUCAGAAAUUUGCAGAAUCUGACUUGGAAGAACAGCAUCAUGCGUAUUUGAAACCAUUCCGCAUCCUCAUAAGCCUACUUGACAAGCCUGAAAUAGGCCCACUAGUUUUUGCUGACUUGUUUCUUGAAGUGAUCAGAGCGUUCUAUAGAUACUGCAAGGAAACACUGGGUUCUGAUCUUAAACUGAGCUACAGUCAAACUGGGAAUGUCCUUACAAGUGCAAUAAAAGAAAACAAGAAUGCAUCUGAGAUUGUUAAAACAGCUAACAUGUUGAUCACAUCCUUAAACACAGAUUUUCUCUGGGAUUAUAUGACCACAUGUAUUGAGGACUGCUUAAGCAGCAGAAAUAAAUCCACACAGACACAGCUUCUAACUAAGAAUGCAACAGUUUCAGAACUCUGUAUACUAACAGUGUUUCUCCUAGAUGUGAUACCACUGGAACUUUAUUCUGAAGUACAGUCUCUGUAUCUGCCACAAAUGCUCAGCUGUAUGGCACAAUCUCUCCUUCAAAACAUGGAAGUAUUAAGUUUACCAGAGUUCACACAUGUGUUAAGAACAUGCUUCAAAGUUCUCAGUAAAGUACAAAUGCCAUCUGCCUACCUGAGUACUGAAACGGGAAGCUCAGACUCUAGUCCUGUAAAGGAAGAUAACCAGGAAAUAAGGUCAGAAUCCAAGGUGCUUGAAGAUAAAGAAGAUGCUCCUUUUCCUUCACUGAAAUCUGAAGACAGCGGCAUUGCUCUUAGUGCUUCAUCACCUGAACUGUUACAGCACUUGAGGAUACCUAGGAUAAUUCCUGACAGAGAUGAUGUCUGGAAAAAGGGUGGAAGCAUGCAGAUGACUUUGCACUAUAUCCAGGAACUGGUUGCAAAAUUUGCCAGUAAACAUACAUUUGAGGUUCAUUUGCAGAAUUCCAAUAAUGACAGUGUCUCAAAAGUUGAUGUCAGACAAGGAAAUAACAAAGAGAAUAAUUACCAAGUUGCCACAAAUACUGGGGGGGAAAGGCACUCAUGUGAAUCCAGGCAGAUAACGGUGCCUCAGUUGAAGCAAAUGCUAUCAGAUUUCUUCACUGUACGAGGAUCACCUUUUAAACAGAAAGGUCUGGAGCCUCCCUCUCCUUCUAAUGAACGUGGUAGUCCAAGGGAUAAAGAGGAGAAAGACUGGGACCUUGAUCAAGUUAUGUUUGAUUUGGGAGAUACGCGAGAGGAUUGCAGAGAGGCCUUUUCAGCUCUGUGCUAUCUCUUACUAGAUUGCACUACGUUCCCUGUUUACCUUUCUGAAGAAGAAUCUGAACUAUUGUAUUUGUCACUCUUUCAAGUGUCUGGAGGUAGUGAAUCCAGUUUUCCCCUGUGGCUCAAAUCCUUGAUGACAAUAUGUUGCUGUGUUAAUGACUGCUACAUUCAGAAUUUGGCCAUUUCUGUACUGCUAGAAAUAAUCAACCAUUCCCAGUCACUGGCAUUGGUUAUUGAAGACAGAAUUAAGCGAUAUAAAAUUCCUGGGCAAAAUCCCUUCUUUGGAACACUGCAGAUGGUCACAGUUCCUCCUAUUGCUCCUGGAGUCCUAAAGCUAAUUUCAGAAAAAACUGAUUUCUAUCAGAGAGUUGCUCAAGUGCUUUGGAAUCAGCUGAACAAAGAGACACGAGAGCAUCACAACACCUGUGUAGAACUGUUCUACCGUCUGCAUUGUCUAGCUCCAUCAGCUAAUAUCUGUGAAGACAUUAUCUGUCAUGCAUUACUGGAUCAUGAUAAAUGUAUGAGGCUGGAAGCGCUGUUCAGAUUCUCCAUUAUGUGGCAUUUGACCAGGGAAAUUCAGGGCAGCAGACCUACAUCCCACAGCCGAUCUUUUGAUAGAUCCCUGUUUGUUGUACUGGAUAGUCUGAAUUAUUCAGAUGGAGCAAUUAGUGCUGCAGCACAGGGUUGGUUGAUACGAGCACUCUCACUUAACGAUGUUACAAGAAUUCUUGAACCUGCUCUUCUGCUUUUAUUACAUCCGAAGACACAACGUAUCUCCCUUCACUGUAUCAAGCAGAAAAACUCAGCAGAAAACAUGCAUCUAUGGUAUACAAAGAAAACCAUCUUUCAGGAGUCACUGAGGUCUCGUGAAUUGUGUGAAAGUAGUUCUGAAGAAAUUUUGCCACUGAGCCAGUUCACAGUUGUGGACAGGGAAGCUAUAUGGGCUGAAGUUGAAAAAGAUCCAGAGAAAUCUCUGUUAAAAAAUGAACUCUCUGUAAACAAUCCUUCUCUGUAUGGUGAAGCACUACUAGAAAUGGGCAAGGAUGAAAGUGAACACACUGAAUCUGCUGAUACCAGCACUGAGCCUUUGGACAGUGAUAAUACAUCAUCAUUUUCUCCCUCUCUCGAACAGCAAGAUCUGACCAAUGAGGAGAAUAAUAGUGCCUCAACAGAUGGCAAAAAUAGUAUGAAACAUACUGGUUCUUCUAAUGUUUAUCCCGCUGAUAGUUCAAAAUCAAGUGCUGCAAUAAACCUGGUACGUACCGAUUCCGACAGAACACGGGCAUCAGAAUCUCUCUCAAGUGAUGAUGAAGUGGAUUUGGAGCUUCAAGCACUUAUAACAUCUAGAUUACGAAAGCAACAGAAAGAAAAACAGGAGAUGGUUGAAGCGCUCUUUAAACAUGUUCUCUUGUACAUGCAACCAUAUGAUUCCAAAAGGGUCCUGUAUGCAUUUUCUGUGCUUGAGGGAGUGCUUAAAACAAAUCCUAAAGAGUUUACUGAAGCUGUAGCAACCACUAGCAUGGAUACAAGUUCUACAGCUCAUUUGAAUUUAAUCUACAAUCUUUUAGCUCGCCACCAGGAAUCACUUGUGGGACAGAGCUUCUAUGGAAAACUUCAAAUUCAGUCACCAACCGUGUGCCCCCAUUCGUUAUUAAUAGAACUGUUAAUGUAUCUAUGUUUAAGUUUCCUGCGUUCUUAUUAUCCCUGUUAUUUGAAGGUGACUCACAAAGAUGUGCUUGGCAAUAGGGAUGUCCAAGUGAAAAGUGUUGAAGUCUUGAUCAGAAUGAUGACUCAGCUGACUACAAUGGCCAAAUCAACAGAGAGCAAAAAUAUAGAAUUCAUAUGCAACUUGCUUGGAAGAUGCAAAAUUCAAGAGUUUGUCCUACUUUCUCUCUCUGUUUCUAUGUAUGUUAGUCAGAAAUGCUAUGAACAUUUGUUAGCUAAUAAGACGAAUGGUUUAAGUGAACACUAUAUCCUUGAGGAAAGCCUUAUCAAUUUUGGUCAUGAUCAGAUUUGGAGUGAACACCCUUUACAAAUUGAAUUGCUUAAACUUCUGCAAGUGCUGAUAGUCUUGGAGCACCAUCUUGGGCAGACUCAAGAAGAGCAGGAAAAUCAGCCAGCCCUGUCUAAGGAAUGGCAGAGGGCUCUUAGCUUUCAGGAGGCAAUUGGUGCUAUGCAAUAUGUGCAUCCACACCCUAUAACGUCGCAAGGGUUAUUUGUGUCUGCAGUAGUUCGAGGCUUGCAGCCAGAAUAUGGUUAUGGCAUGCAUCCAUCUUGGGUAGGCUUGGUUACAUACUCUUUGCCAUACUUUGGGAAAUCGUUAGGAUGGACAGUAGCCCCAUUUAUUGUACAAAUAUGCAAGAAUCUGGAUGAGCUUGUCAAACAAUAUGAGCAUGAAAUUCUGAAGAUGUCGACUAAAACAUCAGCAAGCAUAAAUUAUAAAAGGGAGAACAUUACACCAGAUUAUCCUUUAACUCUUUUGGAAGGACUUACAACUAUUGGCCAUUUUUGUCUUCUGGAUCAUCCAAACCAAACCAAAAGGUCAACUUUCAAUGCUGAUCCAACGAACCUAAGAAAUGCCAGGAAUGCCAUUUUGGAAGAGCUUCCUCAAAUCAUUAACACCAUGUCUCUCCUCUGGAAUGUCAUUAAAAAGGAAGAUUCUCAAAAAAGACCAUCUGAUUUCCUAGGAGUAAAAGGCUGUUCAUCAGUUUAUUUUAAAGCAACAAAAAUAUUAAAGAAAAAAAUCCUAGACUUCUUGAAUCCCCUCACUGGACAACUUGGUGUGCAACUAAUAGCUGCUGUAGCUGCAGUUUGGAGCAGCAAAAAACCUCAUAAAUACCAAACAAAGAUGCCUCCCGUAGCUAAUACAUCUCAGCUAAUAUUAGUUGACCUUGUUUGUGCACUCAGCACCCUGAAGACUGACAUUAUACUGCAGCUAAUAAAAGAAGUUGUAAAGAAACCUUCCCAAAUUAAAGGCGAAGAGAAAUCUGUCCUAGUGGAUAUCCCAGUGCUUCAGUUCUGCAAUGCUUUCAUUCAAAGGCUUCCAGUUUCAGCCCUGCAGGAGAACUUCCAGUCAUUAUUAGGAGUGUUCAAGGAAUCUGUGCAAUUGAAUUUGGCACCACCUGGUCAUUUUUUGCUUCUCAGCACUCUGAAUGACUUUGUGACGAGAACUCCAAACCAGGAGAAUAAAAAGAAUCAAAAAGACUUGCAGGAUGUAACGCAGAAAAUAUUAGAAGCAGUGGGAAACAUUGCAGCUUCUUCGCUAGAACAAACUAGCUGGCUCAGCAGGAAUCUGGAAGUGAAAGCUCAGUCUCAGAUCUCUUUAGAUGACUCCAAUGUGGAAAGUAAUCUGCAUGAUCAUUCCGCAGUAUCAUCUGUGGUUUCUGCCUCUGCCCCAUCUGUAUACAGUGUUCAAGCUCUCACUCUCCUUGCAGAGGUUCUUGCUUCCCUCCUGGAUAUGGUUUAUCAAAGUGAUGAAAAAGAGAAAGCAGUGCCAUUAAUCUCACGUUUGCUAUACUAUGUGUUUCCUUACUUACGCAAUCACAGUGCCUAUAAUCUUCCUAGUUUCCAUGCUAGCUCUCAGUUGCUAAGUUCCCUAAGCGGCUAUGCCUAUACCAAACGAGCAUGGAAGAAAGAUGUUUUAGACUUAUUUAUGGAUCCUGCUUUUUUCCAAAUGGAUACUUCAUGCAUUCACUGGCGCACCAUUAUUGAUCAUCUACUUACACAUGAAAAAACUACGUUUAAAGAUUUGAUGAAUAUGCAGAGCAGUUCCCUGAAACUCUUUCCAAGUUUUGAGCAAAAGCCAAUGUUGUUAAAACGUCAAGCCUUUGCUGUUUUCAGUGGUGAAAUUGAUCAAUAUCACCUUUACCUUCCUUUGAUACAAGAACGGUUGACUGACAACCUACGUGUUGGACGCACUUCUGCUGUAGCUGCCCAGAUGUUUCUUUUUUUCAGGGUUCUUUUAUUGAGAAUUUCCCCUCAACACCUAACCUCUUUAUGGCCAAUCAUGGUGACAGAAUUGAUUCAAACAUUUAUACAGUUAGAAGAUGAUUUAACUGAAGAAUCAGCAAAAAACAACAAGAAAAUGAGCAGACAGAAAGCAUCAUCAAACGGCAGUGCUAUGUUAUUUGGUGACAUACACCAGAAUGAAUUAACCUUGUAUUUAUCAGCCUGUAAAUUCUUAGACAUGGCACUUUCUUUUCCAUCUGACAAGAUGCAGUUAUUUCAGAUGUAUAGGUGGGCCUUUGUUCCAGAGGUGGACCUGCAGAGUUGCAGCAUGAUGGACAUGAUGGAAAGUCACCAGGAAUGCAAACCACAUGUUGCUAGAAUCAUGGAUUUAUUGAGGCUGAAAUAUGGGGCAAGUACUAUCUUUCAGGAACAAAAUGUCAGUGAUGAAGCAACAAAAAAUUGUGACUUUCCUCUUCUGGAUCUUCAUUCUGUAUCAAAUAUCACAGAGUUAAUUCCAUUCUUUAAUAUAUUAAAUUCUGCUUUUAAAGCUCAAAGUGGUAGAUUACUAUACACACACAGCUCCAAGUCUUUUAAAAACAGCUAUCCCACUGGCAGUGGAACACGAAUUUUGAAACUAUUGGAAGAGUAUGUUGAGCGUGAUUUUAUAGAUAAUAUGGAAAAUGAAUCACUGUAAAACAACAGUUCUAUUCAUAUAAUCAAUCAAGUUUCAUUUUGCUAAAAUGGUGAAAUGCUUGAAGCAACAUGCAACAUUCCCUUGCUUUACCAAAACAAAUUAGCUUGUUAAAAGAAGAAUUUUUGUUUUUCAAUUAAAGUAGUAGUUUAAUUGAGAUGCUCAUUUAUGAAUGCAGAUUUGUUGACUUUCAGUGUAAAGAUAAAAUGUUCCUUUCCACUAAGAAAUACAAUAUUCUACGUUUCUCAAAAGGCAAUAAUAGUCUUCUAAAGUUACUUUAAUUCCGCUCUAAACAACUUCUGUAUAGUAACUUACUAAAACAAAAUAGCAGAGUUUACAUUACUCAUGUUUUCUGACCCAGGAGUAGUCUAUACUACUUGCAAGACUGAUGUCAGCCCACUAGGCAUACCAUACCAGAAAAUCAACUCCACAGGAAUAUUAAAACUAGUGU